GCUGUGGCCAAGGGCUUUGGUUUUAGAUGUCAUCGCCAUCCCAUUAGGUCUUGCAUUGCAACACAAAGCAAUCCCAUUUCGCGACUUACUUUUCCUCCACCACCACAAAUCAAACCCAUAUUAACCUCACUAUCGACACGAUUGAUAACAUGACUGACGCGAGCAAUCUCGCCGCUAAGAUGGACGUAGACGAGGCCGCUAUCGAUGAGGGCUUGUACUCUCGUCAACUAUAUGUUCUCGGACACGAAGGCAAGGCUCUAAUAUUCUUUAUGAUAAUUCUUUGUCUAAUAUUCAGCAUAGCGAUGAAAAAGAUGGCAACUUCUAACGUCCUCGUUGUUGGGCUCCAAGGAUUGGGAGCUGAAAUAGCGAAGAACAUAUGUUUGGCUGGCGUCAAGUCAGUGACUUUGUAUGAUCCUGAACCGGUCACUGUUCAGGAUCUUGGAACGCAGUUCUUUUUGCGUCAAGAAGAUAUCGGGCAAUCUCGAGCAGAGGCUACACUUCCUCGAUUGGCAGAGCUCAAUGCGUACGUCCCUGUGCGAAAUCUUGAAGGCAAGUCUGGAGAGGAAAUUACGCUGGAUAUUGUCCAAGCUUUCCAAGCUGUUGUAUUGUGUGGUGUUUCUUACGCCAAACAGCUCGAAAUUAAUGACUGGACGCACCAGAAUGGAGUGUUCUUCGUUUCUGCAGAAACUCGUGGCCUUUUUGGCUCUGUUUUCAAUGACUUCGGUCCAAAGUUCACUUGCGUUGACCCUACAGGAGAGCAACCUCUCUCUGGGAUGAUCGUAUCUGUGGAGAAGGAUAAGGAGGGACUGGUCACAUGUCUCGAUGAGACUCGCCAUGGGCUUGAAGAUGGUGAUUUUGUUACUUUCAGUGAAGUGCAAGGCAUGGAAGAAUUAAAUGGCUGCAAGCCUCGAAAGAUAUCCGUAAAGGGGCCAUACACGUUUACCAUUGGCGAUACCUCUGACCUUGGCGAAUACAUCCGAGGCGGAAUAUUUACACAAGUGAAGAUGCCAAAAAUCAUUGAAUUUAAAUCACUUCGGGAGUCAAUUCAAUCACCAGAAUUGUUUAUCACAGACUUUGCCAAGUUCGAACGACCUUCCUCGCUACAUGCUGGCUUCCAAGCGUUGUCCGAGUUUAGAGCCCAAUACAAACGUCUUCCUCGCCCGCGAAACGCAGAAGAUGCAACUCAGAUCGUCGCGCUCGCCAAAAAGCUGGAUGCAGAAAUAGAUGAGAAAGUUAUCACUGAGCUGUCGUAUCAAGCCUCUGGUGAUUUGUCCCCAAUAGUUGCCGUCAUUGGUGGCUUUGUCGCACAAGAAGUCCUCAAGGCGUGCUCAGCUAAGUUCCAUCCUACGGUACAACACUUAUACUUUGAUUCAUUGGAAUCACUGCCUUCCGUGCUUCCGACCGAACAAGACUGUCAGCCGGUUGAAAGUAGGUAUGAUGGACAAAUCGCCGUCUUUGGUAAAGCAUUCCAGGACAAAAUUGCGAAUCAUCGACAAUUCCUCGUUGGGUCCGGAGCUAUUGGAUGUGAGAUGCUAAAGAACUGGAGUAUGCUUGGUCUUGCAUCAGGUCCUCAAGGAAUCAUCCAUGUCACCGAUCUUGAUACCAUCGAGAAAAGUAACUUGAAUCGGCAAUUCUUAUUCCGUCCCAAGGACCUUGGGAAGUUCAAGGCUGAAGUAGCGGCAGUUGCGGUUGCAGAAAUGAACCCAGACCUGAAAGGCAAGAUAGUGAGCAAACAAGAACCAGUUGGUCAAGCAACUGAAAAUGUCUACGACGAGGAAUUCUUUGCCGGGAUUGAUGGUGUCACGAAUGCGUUGGAUAAUGUAGCUGCUCGCUUAUAUAUGGAUCAACGAUGCAUUCUGUAUGAAAAACCUUUAUUGGAAUCGGGGACAUUGGGAACAAAGGGCAAUACCCAAGUGAUCAUACCCCAUCUUACAGAAUCAUACGCCUCCUCACAAGACCCUCCAGAGAAACAAACACCAUCAUGUACAGUGAAAAAUUUCCCCAAUGCUAUUCAACACACUAUCGAAUGGAGUCGGCAAGAAUUUACCAACAUGUUUGUUCGACCAGCUGAGUCUGUGAACCAAUACCUUUCGGAGCCAAAUUUCUUGGAGACUACCCUCAAGUACUCCGGUCAACAAAAGGAACAGAUUGAGCAAAUAGUGUCAUACCUCGUUACGAACAAGCCCUUGACAUUUGAGGAAUGCAUUGUUUGGGCCCGUCUACAGUUUGAGGAGAAGUACAACAACGCUAUCAGGCAACUAUUAUAUAGCUUGCCAAAAGAUGCCGUCACAAGUACUGGUCAACCCUUCUGGAGUGGUCCUAAGAGAGCACCUGAUCCGCUUGUUUUCAACUCUAACGACCCUGUUCACCUUCAGUUCAUUAUCGCAGGGGCCAAUCUUCAUGCAUUCAACUAUGGCUUGCGUGGUGAAACGGAUCCUGCGAUCUUCCGGAAGCUCGCAGAUUCUGUCAUUGUACCCGAGUUCACCCCCAGGAGUGGUGUGAGUGUACAGAUUAAUGACAAUGACCCAGUGGCUCAAUCUGGUGGUGGUGGUGAUCCUGAUGAUGUUUUGGAGCUUACCAAGAAACUUCCAUCUCCCUCGUCUUUGGCUGGCUAUCGUCUUUCUCCUGUAGAGUUCGAGAAAGAUGACGACACCAAUCACCAUAUCGACUUCAUCACUGCAGCUUCCAACCUUCGCGCCAUGAAUUAUAAUAUUCCAAUUGCGGACCGACACACGACUAAGCAAAUUGCAGGCAAGAUCAUUCCAGCCAUUGCCACUACAACAGCUCUCGUUACUGGCCUGGUUUGCUUGGAACUUUACAAAAUCAUAGAUGGCAAGAAUAAACUAGAGGACUAUAAGAAUGGUUUCGUAAACUUAGCCUUACCGUUCUUUGGCUUCUCUGAGCCUAUCGCUUCUCAAAAGAACAAGUAUGGCGAGACAGAAUGGACCCUUUGGGAUAGAUUCGAGUUCAAGAAUGACCCAACACUGAAGGAGUUUAUAUCAUGGUUCAGAACGACCCACAAUCUCGAUGUUGGCAUGGUGAGCCAAGGUGUUAGCAUGCUUUGGAGCUCUUUCAUUGGAAAGAAGAAGAGCGAUGAGAGAUUGCCCAUGAAAUUCAGCAAGCUUGUCGAACACGUCAGCAAGAAGGCCAUACCUCCACACACCAAACACCUUCUGGUGGAGGUUAUGGUAUCGGAUGAAGAAGGAGAAGACGUUGAGGUUCCUUUCAUUGUUGUGAAAAUCUGAGAGAUGUUGGAAGAAGUUUGUCUGAAAUGUAUACGCAAUAAAUUAGAUGCACUGUAACAAUGUUUCGAAAUACGGUAAUGUCAUGUACUCUGUAUGUUGCAAGGAGUCGAAAGCCAACAAGCCCGUAGACUGAUCCGUAUCCU